AACGACUGGUCGUCAAUGUCACGCAGAAACCAUUCGCCAAUAACUCGAAAAGUUCGUCGAUUCGUUAAUGGCGGAGGAUUCACAAUCGCUCGGAGGCGCGUGAGGAUCGAUUCCCCUUUUCCGCAUUUGGGCGGCAGCGGCAACGGCAACGCAACACAAUCGCAUCGCCCUUCUCUAAUUUCCCUUCCAUAUAUUUAAAUUCUUCAAGUUUUAUCCUCUUUGGAUCAGACCCAGAUUUUGAAUUUCAAUUGCAUUGAAAUCCUUCAGAUUUCUGCCCUGGCGUUUCCCAUUUUGGGGAAAUUGAUUCGUCAGGGUUCCGGGUAUUGAUUCUUGUUAUAUAUUAGAUUAGAUUAGAUUAGAUAGAUUGAUCAGAUGGGAGAUGAGGAAGAAGUUCCCAUUCUGAGCACUGAAAAUUGGCAUGACAUUAAGAUGUCAAUAGUUGCUAAGAGGAGGCCUUGUAUUGGCAUUCCCAAUUCCACAGAGGUAAAAAGUUGCAGUUCUGGCUGUGCUUUUUCCAGGCAGGAAAACAGUAAUUUGGAGUCAUUGAAACGUUCAACUUCAGCUUUGAAGCUUUGUGGGUUGAUAUUCUUGUGUCUUAUAGCUAUGGUAGUAGAGAUUAUUGGUGGUUUGAGAGCCCACAGUCUUGCAGUUAUGACAGAUGCAGCUCACUUGCUGAGUGAUGUUGCUGGUUUCUCUGUUUCCCUCUUUGCCGUUUGGGCUUCGAGCUGGGAGGCGACGCCCCGACGCUCUUACGGAUACAACCGUCUUGAAGUCUUGGGCGCCCUUGUGUCUGUACAGCUUAUAUGGCUGGUUUCUGGGUUCUUAAUCUACGAGGCAAUCGACCGGAUUCUCAGCCAAAAGGCGAAGGUGGAUGGAUUGCUUAUGUUUGUCAUUGCAGCAUUUGGGUUCAUCCUUAACUUAUUUAUGGUCUUAUGGCUUGACCAUUCUCACUCUCACUCUUCUCAUGGCCAUUCUCACUUUUGUCAUCAUAAUCAUAAUCAUAAUCUUCACUCUCAUCAGAAUCACUUGGAUCAUGACCAUGAACAUGACCAUGAGAAGGAGGAGGUUUACACUCUAACUAAACAAGAGAACAAUAGUUCGUCAAUGUUGAACAUAAAUCUCCAAGGUGCUUACCUUCAUGUCAUCUCAGAUAUGAUCCAAUCCAUUGGGGUGAUGAUUGCUGGAGUCAUUCUCUGGCUCAAACCCGACUGGUUCAUCGUCGAUUUAAUCUGCACCCUUGUGUUCUCUGUUCUUGCUUUAGCCACCACUUUCUCUAUGCUGAGCCAUAUAACUGGCAUACUGAUGGAAGGAACUCCCAGGGAGGUCAAUAUCGAGAGCCUAGAGAACGACCUCAAGGACAUAAAAGGAGUCCAUGACUUGCACGACUUGCAUAUCUGGUCCAUCACGGUCGGAAAAGUCGUGUUGUCUUGCCACGUCGUAGCCGAACCCGGAGUUUGUUCUAGGGAGCUAAUUUCUAAGAUUAGGCACCUCUGUGAAAAGAGAUACCAUGUAUUUCAUAGCACCAUACAAGUUGAGUAGAGGAAAUGUGGGAGAAGGAAAAAGCAUUCAGUUCUAGUUAUUAUACUUUCAUCAUGUAUAUUUUGCAUACCAUCUUCUCUUCUCUAUCUUUAAUUUCUUGAUAAAAUUUUAACUUGUUUAGGUUUGUGCCAAGAGUUUUAUGAACACUUUAGUACAACUUGUUUGUUCUUUGUU